AUGCCGCGCGUCUACAUAGGACGCCUGAGCUACAACGUCCGGGAGAAGGACAUCCAGCGCUUUUUCAGCGGCUAUGGCCGCCUUCUCGAAAUUGACCUUAAAAAUGGGUACGGCUUCGUGGAGUUCGAGGACUCCCGCGACGCCGACGACGCCGUUUACGAGCUGAACGGCAAGGAGCUCUGCGGCGAGCGCGUGAUCGUGGAGCACGCCCGGGGCCCGCGCCGCGAUCGCGACGGCUACAGCUACGGAAGCCGCAGUGGUGGAGGUGGAUACAGCAGUCGGAGAACCUCUGGCAGAGACAAAUACGGACCACCUGUACGCACAGAAUUCAGGCUUAUUGUAGAAAAUCUUUCUAGUCGUUGCAGUUGGCAGGAUUUAAAGGAUUUCAUGAGGCAAGCAGGUGAAGUAACCUAUGCGGAUGCUCACAAAGAACGCACAAACGAAGGCGUCAUUGAGUUUCGCUCCUACUCUGACAUGAAGCGUGCUUUAGAUAAGCUGGAUGGUACAGAAAUCAAUGGGAGAAAUAUCAGACUCAUUGAAGAUAAACCGCGAACAAGCCAUAGGCGGUCUUACUCUGGAAGCAGAUCAAGGUCACGAUCUAGAAGAAGGUCACGAAGUAGGAGUCGUAGGAGUAGCCGCAGUAGAUCUCGAAGUAUCUCGAAAAGUCGCUCCCGAUCCAGGUCUCGGAGCAAAGGUCGAUCACGUUCCCGUUCAAAGGGCAGAAAAUCUAGAUCAAAAAGCAAGUCUAAGGCCAAGUCUGAUCGGGGAUCCCGUUCACGCUCUCGAAGCAGAUCAAAGGAUGAGUAUGAGAAAUCUCGAAGCAGGUCUCGUUCUCGAUCUCGUUCCCCCAAAGAAAAUGGAAAAGGUGAUGUAAAGUCAAAAUCUAGAUCAAGGAGCCAGUCUCGUUCCCAUUCACCCCUACCUGCUCCACCCUCAAAGGCCCGUUCUGUGUCUCCUCCACCAAAAAGAGCUUCAAGAUCCCGUUCUCGAUCUCGUUCAAAGUCAAGGUCACGAUCCAGAUCGAGUUCCAGGGAUUAA